GGCGGCCGGGGCUGCCGGGAGCGGCCGGGGGCCAGGGGCCUCCGGGGACCAUGAUCAUGCUGCCGUUCCAGUUCGGCGGCGACUCACCCAAGGGCCCCACGGUGUCGUUCCAGGAGGCCCAGGCGCAGGCUGUCCUGCAGCAGGCCAAGCUCUCCAUGAAGGGACCCCCAGGCCCCAUGGGCUUGACCGGCCGGCCAGGCCCCCUGGGCCUCCCUGGAAAUCCCGGCCUGAAAGGGGACUCGGGAGACAUGGGGCCUCAGGGACCGUGGGGGAUGCAGGGCCCACCCGGCCCGCCAGGGAAAGAGGGCAAACGGGGUCGCUCUGGAGCGGAUGGUGCCAGGGGUCUCCCGGGGGACACCGGACCCAAGGGCGACAGGGGCUUCGAUGGGCUGCCGGGGCUGCCGGGCGAGAAGGGUCUCAAGGGGGAUGUGGGGAAGCCGGGGCCCCCGGGCCCCCCAGGAGAGAAUGGAGCCAAGGGCUUGGGCGGCCUGCCAGGACCCAGGGGACAGCCUGGGGAACCCGGUGUGCGCGGCUUGGUCGGCUCCCGUGGCCCCCCUGGCCCCCCAGGACAGCCGGGCGUGAGUGGCAUGGACGGCGCGCCUGGGCCCAAGGGCAACGUGGGAAUCCAGGGGGAGCCGGGCCCCCCCGGCCAGCAGGGGACCCCAGGACCCCAGGGCCUGCCUGGCCCCCAGGGGCCUGUCGGGAUGCCGGGGGGGAAGGGCCCGCCGGGGAAGUGGGGCAUGCAGGGCGUGGCUGGUGCCGAUGGCCCCCCCGGUCACCCGGGCAGAGAGGGGCCGGCGGGGGAGAAAGGGCUCCAGGGCACAGCUGGCGCCGUGGGACCCGUUGGCUACCCAGGCCCCCGUGGGGUCAAGGGGGCCUUCGGAGCCAGGGGCCUGAAGGGAAGCAAAGGGGAGAAGGGAGAAGACGGAUUCCCCGGCUUCAAGGGUGACAUGGGCCACAAGGGCGACAGGGGUGAUGCGGGGCCGCUGGGGCCACGAGGGGAGGAUGGCCCCGAGGGGCUGAAGGGCCAGCAGGGUCCCGUGGGGGAGGCGGGCGCCUCCGGCCCAGCGGGGGAGAAGGGGAAGUUGGGUGUGCCAGGCCUGCCGGGCUACCCUGGCCGCCAGGGUCCCAAGGGCUCUGCUGGCUUCCCGGGCCCCCUGGGGCUCACAGGGGAGAAAGGAAAGAGGGGCAAGGCUGGCCAGGCCGGGCAGACGGGAGAGCGUGGACCUCCGGGCCUGCCAGGGGAGCGAGGCCAGAGGGGGCUGACAGGGAAGCCGGGCCCGAAGGGCGACGCCAGCCAUGACGGGGCCCCUGGAGCUGGGGGGGAGAAGGGCCCCCAGGGACCACAGGGCCCCAACGGUUUCCGAGGCCCAAAGGGGCCGCCCGGCCCAGCCGGGAAGGACGGGCUGCCCGGACACCCAGGACAGCGCGGGGAGCCGGGAUACCACGGCAAGACCGGCCCCCCCGGCCCCACGGGGGUGGUGGGACCCCAGGGUAGCUCGGGCGAGACGGGCCCCAUUGGAGAGCGGGGGCAUCCGGGCCCCCUGGGCCCCCCUGGGGAGCAGGGGCUGCCAGGGGCUGCCGGCCGGGAAGGGGCCAAGGGCGACCCUGGCCCAGCUGGCCUGCCGGGGAAGAGCGGCCCCCCGGGAAUCCCUGGCUUUCCUGGUGCCAGGGCCGCGCCCGGCGAGAUGGGUCCGGCUGGCCUGAAGGGCAGAGAGGGGCCUCCCGGGCCCCUGGGCCCCACAGGCUCUCCUGGCGAGCGAGGCCCCUCAGGGGCAGCUGGAGGCAUCGGGCUGCCAGGCCAUGGGGGGGAGCAGGGCCCCUCUGGUCCUGCUGGGGAGAAGGGCGCCCCGGGCGAGAGGGGCCCGAUGGGCCCUGCCGGGCGUGACGGGAUCCAGGGGCUCAGGGGCCUGCCAGGCCCAGCCGGACCCCUGGGCCCCGCGGGCGAGGAUGGCGACAAGGGGGAGCUGGGGGGUCCCGGACAGAAAGGAAGCAAGGGGGACAAGGGGGAGGCGGGCCCACCGGGACCGACCGGUAUCCAGGGACCCAUCGGGCACCCCGGCUCCGCGGGAGUGGACGGAGAGCCCGGCCGCCGCGGGCAGCAGGGGAUGUUUGGCCAGAAGGGAGAUGAGGGGGCACAGGGAUUCCCUGGCUUGAGCGGCCCUGUUGGAUUGCAGGGCAUGCCGGGCCCGCAGGGAGAGAAGGGUGAGAGCGGAGAUGUCGGCCCCAUGGGCCCCCCCGGGGCUGCGGGGCCACGUGGGGCGCAGGGACCUGCCGGUGGCGAAGGCCCCCAGGGGAUGCCAGGUGGAACGGGUCAGCCGGGCGCCGUCGGGGACAAGGGGGAGCCGGGCGAGGCGGGAGACCCUGGGGCCCCAGGGGAGCCGGGCCGGCCGGGCACGAAUGGGGAGCAGGGAGAGAAAGGGGAUUCCGGGCUGUCAGGCGCCGCUGGGGCCCCAGGCAAGAGGGGCCCCCCAGGAGAGGACGGAGCCAAAGGCAACCUGGGCCCCAUCGGCUUCCCUGGCGACCCAGGCCCCCCUGGAGACCCCGGGGUGCCGGGCCUGGAUGGAGCCCCUGGGGAGAAGGGUGACGGUGGGGACCCCGGCAUCCCGGGCCCAGCAGGCGCUUCUGGAGAACCGGGUCCCCCUGGUCCCCCAGGGAAGAGAGGUGCGGUGGGGCCAGCCGGGCGAGAGGGUCGGCCGGGCGAGAAGGGUGCCAAGGGCAAGCCUGGCACAGAGGGGCCCCCCGGGAAGAUGGGCCCCGUGGGGGUGCAGGGCCCCCCUGGCCGGCCUGGCUCAGAAGGUCUGCGUGGGAUCCCCGGUGCAGCCGGGGAGCAGGGCCUGCUGGGGGCCCCGGGGCAGGCAGGGCCGCCGGGCCCCACGGGCCCCCCAGGUUUGCCCGGCCUCAAGGGAGACCCCGGCUACAAGGGUGACAAGGGUCACGCCGGGCUCAUCGGGCUCAUCGGCCCCCCAGGGGAGAUGGGGGAGAAGGGCGACCAGGGGCUGCCUGGCAACCAGGGGGCCCCAGGGCCCAAAGGAGACCCCGGCUUGGCUGGCCCCAUUGGCCCCCCAGGCCCCCCCGGAUCCCCUGGGCUUGCGGGGCCGCUGGGCCAGAAGGGCUCCAAGGGGUCGCCGGGAGCCCUGGGCCCCCGAGGAGACACAGGACCCCCAGGACCCCCAGGGUCACCGGGCCGCCCGGCGGAGCUGCGGGAGCCGCUGCCCGUGGAGGGGGGCCCGAAGAGGCGCCGCGAGGCGGAGGGGGAGCAGGGGGACCAGGCAGGGCCCCCCGACUCCGUGCCCGAGGGGCUGGAGGAGGUGUUCGCCUCGCUCAGCUCCCUGCGCACCGAGGUCGAGCAGCUGAGACGCCCCCUGGGCACCCCCGAGAGCCCAGCCCGCGUCUGCAAGGAGCUGCAGCUGUGUCACCCCCACUUCCCUGACGGCGAGUACUGGAUCGACCCCAACCAGGGCUGCGCUCGAGACGCCUUCAAGGUUUUCUGCAACUUCACGGCGGGUGGCGAGACCUGCCUGUUCCCAGACAAGAGAUUCCAGAGCGUCCGACCGGCUGCCUGGAGCAAGGAGAAGCCAGGGAGCUGGUACAGCACCUUCAGGAGGGGCAAGAAGUUCUCCUACGUGGACGCGGAGGGGAACCCGCUGAGCGUGACCCAAGUGACCUUCCUGCGGCUGCUGAGCGCCGGCGCCCGCCAGCACUUCACGCUGAGCUGCCAGGACUCAGCCGCCUGGUUCCACGCCGGGGCCGCCAGCUAUGCCCUGGCCCUGCGCUUCCGUGGGGCCGACGGGCAGGAGCUGGGGUACAGCCGCCCCGCGGCCCCCAUCCACGCCCUGCAUGAUGGCUGCCAGCUGCGCCAGGGCCAGGCGCGCACGGUGCUGGAGGUGAGAUCGUCCCGCCCGGAGCAGCUGCCCCUGGCCGACGUGGCCGUGCCGGACUUCGGAGCCACCAACCAGAAAUUUGGCUUCGAGCUGGGCCCCGUCUGCUUCACGGGCUGAGGGUGCCGGCUGGAGCCCCCCCAGGGACGCUCCCGGGGCCAGGCUGCCCCUCACCGGGCAGAGAUCUCUGGGGAGCUGCUCUGGACUGCUGGGGGGCAGCUCUCAGGGCCAUGCUGACCCCCCCCACGAGUGCCCGCUCCUCGCUGUCUCCAGGGCGCACUCAGGACUCAGACCCAUGCCCUGGACCCUGCCGCUGGCCCCCCAGCCCAAGCACAGGGAGCCCCGCAGGACGCCCAGCCCUAUUAAUGCUGCAGGCCCCCCCUUGGGCCGGUGCUGUGGGGCAGGCGGGUGGGCACCUCUUCGUGGCCUGAACAGGCAGCAGGGCACAGACGGAGCCCCCCAUGGUGCUAUGAUGCCCCCCUCGGAGCCUCUGUUAGCAACGCACUGGACACGUCUCUAGGCCGAGCAGCCCCCCCAGAAUGCCCAGCCGGGUGGGAUGGGCCCUGGGGCAAAGCAGCCCCCCCGAGACUCCAGAAUGCCCAGGCAAGGGGCCCGAUUGGGGGAUCCUGGCGCUGUCCCAUUGAACAGACCAGGGCAGGUGCCCCCCAGCAGGAAGAGGCCUGGGCAGCCCACCCUGCUGCCGAAGAGCCUCUGUCCGUCCGGGGCUGGGAGGGGCUGAGAGCUGACGCCCCCACGGAGACGCCUGUGGCUCAGGGUGGGGCUCCGGACACCCCCCGUGGCCUCCCCCUGGGGUGUCGAUCCCGGCCCCUCGGCACGAGGUUGAAGCUGGAGCCCCUGGAGCCAUGGUACCAAGGACCCACGCCCAGUGGUAAUGGGAGCAAGGAUCCGGCACCCCCCACACAAGGCCCCUCGGGGUGGAGCCAGAGGGCAGCACUGGGGGGGUGAGAGACCCAGACCUUGCCCCCCCUCACCAGGCUCCCCACGUCUGUUCUUGCCCAUGUCACUGCAUCUCAGCCGUGUGGUGCCAGCACGGAUACUGUACGAUAAACGAACCUGUAUGAAACCGCA